GCCAACGCGUCAUUUUACGGGAGAUCUGAUGCCUGAUGAACUCCGUUUCCGGGCUAUCAAUUCACAAGUCCCGCCAUCCACUCCUGACCAUCACAUGUAAUAUAUAUUACCUACUUCAAGGCCACUACUAGUCACUUCCCUCUGAAUCCUCAAACUAUUCGUAUUCAUCUUCUGUCGAGAUGGUCAUAUCCACCUGGUAACCGUUGUAAAUCCUGCCAUUCUUUAGAUAACUCUCGACUCUCGUGUACGGCGACUGUCAUACUCCGAAGAUGGGGACGGAGUCGCCAUUCUCGGCAGAACCGGACCACCUAUGUGUUUUGGUCCACGGCCUCUGGGGCAACCCGAAACACCUCGCCUACGUCCACGACACCCUCCGCGACGCUUUCCCUCCCUCCCGCCUCCACAUCCUCAACUGCGCCCGCAAUGUCGGCGCCUUCACCUACGACGGCAUCGAGCUAGGCGGCGAGCGCGUCGCGCAUGAGAUCGAGGAGACGCUGGCCGCGCUCGCGUCAGAGGGCCGGCCGAUCCGCAAGCUGAGCGUUGUGGGGUACUCGCUGGGCGGGCUGGUGGCGCGGUAUGCGAUCGGGUUGCUGUACCAUCAGGGGUGGUUCGCGGAAGGGAAACUGGAGCCGAUCAACUUCGUGACGUUCGCGUCGCCGCAUCUGGGCGUGCGGACGCCGUUGAAGGGAUGGCAUAACCAGGUGUGGAACGUGGUGGGGGCGCGGACACUAUCGAUGUCCGGGCGGCAGCUGUUUCUAAUCGAUGAGUUUCGGGACACGGGGAAGCCGUUGUUGGAGGUGCUGGCGCAGAAGGAGGGCGUGUUUAUGGAGGCAUUGGGGCGGUUCAAGAGACGGAGCUUGUAUACGAACAUCCUGAACGAUCGGAGCGCGGUGUACUAUACCACGGCGAUCACGAAGACAGAUCCGUUCGUGGGGUUACAUGAUUUGAACUUCAGCUAUUUGAAGGGGUAUGAGCCGAAUUUAAUCGAUGCGAGCAAGCCGAUCACAUUGAAAGCGGAGGAGCAGUCGGUCCCACUCUGGGAGUGGAUCACGACAAGAGCGAGAAGGGCGAUUCAUGCGAUUCCACUGAUUGCAUUCUUCACCCUCAUCCUACCCCUAGCAACGGUGUUCUUCCUCCUCAACUCGGGAUAUCAGACAGUCAAGAGCGGUCAACGGAUCCGGCUCCACGAAUCCGGGCAGACGGGCAUACAGACUCGCCUAUAUAAAGUCCCGCUGCUAGUCCGGAACGUCCGACGCGCCGCCGAGGAAGUCUACGAGAACAUGAACAGUGCGCAGGCGGAAGAGUACCUCGAGGAGGAGCAUGCCACUGACUCACAAACCACCCGUGCCGGACACGAGGACGGAGGGAGCGGACAGGCGAACGGGAAGGAAAAGAACAAGGUCAAGGCGCCGUACGCGGAAUUCCCUACUCUGGCGCUCACCGCAGGCCAAUUUGAAAUGAUUCGCGCGUUGGACGAGCUGGGUUGGGAAAAGUACCCCGUCUACAUCCACAAGGUCCAUCACACACACGCGGCGAUCAUCGUGCGAAUGCCGAAGCCUCGAUUCGACGAAGGCAAAGUUGUCGUUGGGCACUUUGUCGGCGCGUUUGACAUUUGAGCGAUUUGACUCCUUCGAGAACACUUUACAGUCUGUAUUACUGGAGCGGCCCUUUUCUGUGGGGGAAUAUCCCGUGCUGGGUGAAUAGAUAGCGAUAGACCUAGGAGGAAUAGAGCGCGGUUUAUCCAGCAGCCAUGAAAGACGCCUCAGAUUGAUGAUGGCCUUAGCAUUGGUAAGAGAUACUAUGUAGAACCUGAAGCGCAGCCUUGCUCAGGCUGUCCUUUGCUUAUGAUUUAUCUGGUGCCAUCGAUAUCAAGAAACGAAUGCCAUGGAGCGGCGCGAUCCUCAUCCAGAAUUUAUCUAUACCUCAAAAGCAAAUUCGAUAGUCUACUCCAUAGGGGUCACUUUGUUGAUACCGAAGAGGAGAUAUGUCCUUUCUAUUGAUAAUCUCAU